UUAUGGUGUCCGGAAACCGGACAUGCACGUUGAGAAUGCACAUUUGCACCAGCGUGCACUUCAUUCAUUGGAAUCUGUCAAUCAGUCAGCUGUCAUAAUACUACGGAAAGAAAUGUCGGAAGAAAACUCAAAAUUGUUCUAAAUCUGAAAAUGUGUCAGACUAACCAAUAAGUAAAUAAUUAUGUAUUAUGCCAAAAAUAUUAAUUCUCCAUAAAAAUUCCUGAUGAAUGCUCGUAAACUUUGAAUCAAAAUAAAAUAACCUCAAAACACAUGUACGGUAAAAGUGUAUUGUUUAGUUACCGAGUAGUUAGCAAAUGUAGUGUUCGCAGUUACAAGAGCAACAACACUAAAAAGCUGUUGGAAUUUCUAGCCGAAAUGCCGAAAGUAAAUUCUGCAAGAAUAGCUGAGGCACAGCGUCAAAGGCAGCAAAUAUCCAAAAGAAGUGAAAAGUAUGCACCAAGUACUGUUUACCUUCAGGUUCUUGGUUCAGGAGCUCGUGGAGCGCCUAACACCCUGUAUUUGUUCACGGAUCAGAAGCGGUACCUGUUCAACUGUGGAGAAUGCACACAGCGCCUAGCUCACGAGCACAAGGUGAAGCUAUCCCGCCUGGAACACAUAUUCAUCACAAGCAAGACUUGGAAGAACAUCGGAGGUCUGCCCGGCUUGUCUCUGACGCUUCAGGAUGUUGGUGUGCCGAAUAUCACUCUACACGGGCCAGAGGGAUUGGAUGAAUUAUAUCCUGCAACAAAGAGGUUUGUGAUUAUGAAAGACAUGAAUGUGAACAUGGCCAAGUGCAGUCCAAGUGAAGAUUUUGAAGACAGUGUUAUGAGUGUGAAAUAUGUUUUACUAGGCCCUCAUGAUAACUUAUUAGUAGGCAAAGAAUUGAAACCUGCAGCCAAACGGCCCAAAUUGGAAUCAAACCAAGACAAAGAGUUUGAGGAGUUCAUUCACGAUGAUACUGACUAUUACAAGCCAGAAGCAAAGAUUCCAGACAACAACAAAAACAAUAGAUAUGCAAGAGAUAAUAGAGCUAAGCCAAAAAGUAGUUUUGAGAAAGAUCCAAUGAAGAAAAAGACUGAAAAGGUAUUACAUGAUCUGCAAAAGAAAACAAACUGUUCAGUUGCUUACAUUUGCACCCUGAAGAAACGUCUUGGCACCCUGGAUUUGGCCAAAUGCGUGGAGAUGGGGGUGAAACCCGGCCCUAUGCUGGGCCAGCUCAAGAGUGGCCACGACGUAGUGUUGCCAGACGGCACACUCGUCUUGUCUAAGGACGUAAAGACGCCUGACGACCCUGGACCAGUUUUCAUUGUACUUGACGUUCCCGACCUCUCUUACCUGAAGGAAGCGGAGUUCUCCGCCCACUUCGAUAACGGGACAAACCCGCCAGAAAACAUCCCCACCCUCAUCGUGCAUUACACGCCGCCAGAAGUUUUCCAUCAUCCCACGUACCGCGCGUUCAUGUCUCUCUUCGGGCCUACCACUCGGCACCUGGUACUGAACUCUCAAAACGCGUGUCUCGGCUCCGAGGCUGUGCACCGCACCCAACACAAACUCCACCUGCUCGAUCCGGAUAUAUUUCCUCUCCUGAGGGACGCUAGUCUACCUGCAGUGUGGAAUUCUCAUCCUCCGCUGCCUAAAACCAACAGUCCGGUGAGGCUGAAAGGGUUAGAAGAACUUAAGAAUAAGAUUGCGCUAGCGCAGUUCCAGAACAUAAUAAACAUGGAGGGCUCGUGCAAGGGCGACGGCGGCCAGACGCACGCGACCAUAGACGAGGAGCAGAACAAACUCGAGGUGAUCGCUGGACGCACGCUCACGAUGUUCCAUUUGAGGCCAAAGAGACAGCUGGAUAGAUCUGUAGAACCCAAACUCCACGUGCAAGAGUACAUACAAGAGACAAUGGACGUGGACGGCUUUGUCGGCAGCCUGGAACACUUCAGGCGGCAGGUGGACAGCAUGAGAUACGCUAAAGCCAAUUCCCAGGAGUUCCCCAAGGUGGUAUUCUUGGGCACCGGGUCUUGCAUCCCGAGUAAGACAAGGAACACUAGCGCCGUGGUGUUGCAAGUCGACGAGAACCGGUCAAUGCUGCUGGACUGCGGCGAAGGCACCUUUGGGCAGCUGGUCCGGUUCUUCGGGCCGAAGAAAGUCAGCGCCUUCCUCAGGACUUUGAAGGCGGUGUAUAUUUCCCAUCUGCACGCUGAUCAUCACAUUGGUCUCAUCGGCGUGAUCCAAGCCCGGCGGCAGGCGUGGCUGGAAGUGAACGCUGACGCGCCGCCUGAACCGCUGUAUCUCUUCGCGCCGGGACAGAUUUACACCUGGCUGUAUACCUACGACCAGCAGUUCGAGAAGAUCAAGGGAGACUUCACGCUGCUGCCUAACCAGAACUUGUUGCACGAAUCAUACCAUCAGAACGCAGAGAUGGUGGCAACACUGGCUAAUAUAGGGGUCGAGCAGAUCCGUACUUGUUUUGUGUCGCACUGCCCCAACGCGUUCGGUGUAGCCAUCGACUUGGACGCCGAUCAUCGCAUCACCUACUCUGGGGACACUAUACCCUGUGAAGACCUCGUCAAGAUCGGCGAAAACUCCCACCUGCUCAUCCACGAAGCGACAAUGGAAGACGAGCUGGUCGAAGAAGCUCGCACCAAGAUGCACUCCACUACCUCCCAGGCGAUAGAAAUGGGGAAACAAAUGAACGCGCGGUACACGGUCCUAACGCACUUCAGCCAGCGAUACGCGCGAUUACCGCGUCUGAACGCACACAUACUGAAUGACAAUAGAAGCGUUGGCAUCGCCUUUGACAACAUGCAGAUAACGAUGAGCGACCUAGACCUGCUGCCGCACAUGUAUGCGCCUCUCCAGCUGAUGUUCGCCGAACACUGCGUCGAGAUGGAGCUGAAGGCGGCUCACCGCGCGCGCCAGAGAGAACGCGCCUCCUCGCCCAACCUCGCUGCUACCGGUACUCGGCCAUACUGCACCUCUAGCACUAGCGCUGACGGCGAAAAGAACACCGACAGCGGCAAACCCAACGCCGACGGCGGCGAAACGAUCGCCGAAAAGCGCACCGCACUCGCCGACACUGAAAUGCCAGACGCUGAUAGCGCGAAACAAGAGACGAUCGUUAAUAACGGUAAUAGCUAGCCAUUCACUUUGUGACUGUAGGUAUUGUAUUUAUUAUGCGUUUAGUCGGUAUAGCUGCAUUACUUUUGUUGAAUGAGACUGUUGUGACUGCGAUAUUGUAAUUUCAAGUGUGAUUGUUGCGUUUUAGUAGUUAAUUACUAUAAAGUAAAGCUAUGUAUACAGCCUCGUUGUUAAUAGGCUUUUUGUUUUGUAGGUAAUUUA